AUGUACCGUGAAAUGAGCGCUCGUGAAAGUGCGCGAAAAAACGAAUCGACGGCGACGCAAUCGGGCGGAAAGACCACGGCGGCGCUUAAAGAGUUUGUGGAGAACGGAACGGACCCGCUGGCCGACGAGCGGGACUCGGAAGAGGAAGAAGAAGAGGAAGAAGAAGAAGAAGAUCCCUUCCAAGUGCCGCCCCUCGACAAUUUGUGCCUACAAAACGAGCCGGAAAGCGAUUCGGACACGGAUCAGACGAUAGUGCUGAUGCCCGGAUCGGUGCUCUCCAACUACCUCUCGGACCCCGUCACCAAUCCCGCCGCCACCGCCGCCGCCUCGUUUCUCUACGACAGUCCGCGCCCACGCGCCGCCGAUUUCGUCUACGCCGGACAGGACCGCUACUCCAAGUUGGGAAGUGUGCCGGCCUACUCCUCGACGACUCAAUUCAUCAGUUUACUCAACUACAUGUCGCCGAACGGCAGAGAGGAGGACGGCGAGAAUGAGGGCGGAGAGUGGUGCGAUUGUGCGGUGAGAGAGAGAAUGAAGGCCUAGACAUUUUGUUGGAGAUCCAUCCCUAGCUUGUCUCUUUCUUUUUCGACGACGGUUUUCGGGUUGAGACCGAAUCAUUAGCACCUCUCCUUCAGGGAGAAAAAGUCCGAGUAUGAAUUGGCGGGAAAUGGAUAAUCCCUGAUCCUCUCAUCGAUUCGUUUUUUUUUUUUUGAAUUAUAAUCCGCUCCUACCUGCCGCUUUUUACUUGUUUGCCUGAAAAAAAAACUAGAGGGAAAAGGGGAACAACAAAAACGGAAAGUUACAAUAGUAGUCUCCAGAGCUGACAAUAUGGGCGCGUGGCCUCGGCGGCCAAACGGCGUUUUCAUGAAUUGAGCACGUUUUUUUCUGAUUUUUGUGGUCAAAUGCGAUGAAAAAUGAUUGCGCGACAUGAAAACACACUAAUUCACAGAAUUAAUGACGUUUUGGCGCAUUUUUCGCGGAUUUUGCUUGUUCGCCUUCGCCGCACUUCUCAUUUUGCUCUUUCUUGACGGUUUUCCGACAGAAUUGGUUUGGAGAAUGAUAAAUCACGUAAAUACAAGCAUUUUGAGCGCUCGAACCGCGAAAAUUACCGAAAAGCAACUGAAAUUCACGCAGUUUCAGCGAAAAACCUUCAAACGGAUAAAUGUGAUUUACGACUUGACCAAAUUUAACGCUCUUGCGCUUAAAAAAUUCGUAAUAGCCUAUACAAUCGGUCUAUCGAGAGACAAAUGGGAAAUUAUCGAUUUUUCGCGGCUAAUCUUGCAAAAAACACAAAUUUUGCUGUAAAAAUUUGAAUUUCGCGCGCCAAUGUAUCGCCCAUUGUCAGCUCUGAGGAGACUUUGGCGAGAACCCAACAUUUUUGUCAAUUUUCAGCGCGAAGAGACGCCUCUGCACGUGGCGGCCGCGCGUGGACACGUGGAUUGUGUGCAAUCGCUGCUCGACAGCAACUCGCCGGUCAACGCGCUCGAACAGGACGGAAAGACGGCGUUGAUUGUGGCGUUGGAGAACGGAAACGUCGAUAUUGCGAGCAUUCUCAUCACCAACGGAUGCGACAUCAACCACGCCGACCAGGUGAGCUCGAAAUGGUUCAAUUUUUGAACUUUUUGAAUUUUUAUCUUUUUUAGAAAAUUUUUUCAUGGAAUGUGAUCAACUGACGAAAUGUAUAGUAAAGUGAACUCUGCUCAUAGAAAAAUAAUUGGAAAUUUAGCGAUUCAUACAAAAAAGUUUAGGGCUAACGGAAGACGGAAGGACAUUUUCACGGAACAACUCGAAUAACUUUUUUGUAUGAAAAGCUAAAUUUACAAUUAUUUUUCUAUGAGCAGAAUUCACUUUGCUAUACAUUUCGUCAGUUGAUCACAUUUCAUGAAAAAAUUUUCUAAAAAAGAUAAAAAUUCUUCCGUGUUCUUCCGUUGAGUUCUUCCGCUCAACUCGUGUCAAAAACUCGGCUCCACAAUACUAAUCCCCCCGUCGAUUUGCAGCACGGCGACACGGCCCUUCACGUGGCCGCCAAAAACGGCCUUCUCCAAGCGGUCCAAACUCUCUGCCACUGCUCCGUUCACGUGGACGCCGUCAACAAAUCGCAAAAGACCGCACUGCACCUGGCGGCGCACUACGGCCACGUCGACAUCAUCCGGAUCCUUUUGCUCGCGCGCUCGGAUGUGAGUCUGCGCGGCGACGACGGACUCACGGCCGAACUGGUGGCGGUGGCGGCGGAGCGACUCGAGGCGAACGCGCUUCUGAAGCAGGUGAAGUCGCACGACGUGCGCGAGGAGUACAUCAACCAGCUGUACCCGCUGGACACGUCGCUGCGACGCAUCAAACUCAAACUGCUCGGCCACUCCAUGUCGGGAAAGACGCGGUUGGUGCAGACGUUGCACACCUCGCGCGGCAUCUCCUCGUUCCUCGAAUCGGUCUCGCGCCGCAUCAGCGAUCAUUACAGUCCGUCGAACUCGAUGAAAGACGAUGGCGUUCACUCGACGAACGGCUCGUUCGUCAACGAGUCGAACAACAACUCGUUCGAGGUGCUGUUGGCCAGCGCGCCGGGCGGCGGCAAGUACGCCCCGCCGCACUCGCAGUACACACGUGGCAUCGACGUGCAAUCGGUGAACAUCAACGGAUGCGGCGAGUUUUCCGUGUGGGAGUUUGGCGGCUACGAGCCGAUGCACUCGUGCUACGAUCACUUUGUCGGCAAUUCCGACUGCGUCCACCUCAUCCUCUACCGAGCCAGCGAUCCGACCGAGGUGCAGUACAAGCAGAUUUUGUAUUGGAUGAACUUUUUGAAGGGACGAGUCACGCCGUUCGAGCCGAUUGGUCUGUUUUAUUUAAUUAAUGGGGCUAUUCAGCGUAUGUUUGUUUUCCGUUUUUUUUUUUCGUUUUUUAACACCGUUGAAUUGGGUUUUUUGACGUAAAAAAACGAAAAAAAACGGAAAAAAAUCUUAAAUUUCAGAGCCCUAGACCCCCUGGGAGAAUUUUUGUGUUCAUUUGAAUGGAGCUUGUUCGGUCAAAAUUUUAGUUUUCCUGCGGAUUUGAGGGUCAAUUUUUACAUCAUCGGAUUCAGAAUAAAAUUUCCGACCGAUCCAUGCUAAAUAUUUUCAUUUAGCUGUUGUCCGAAAAAAGUUACAGUCAGUUAUGUUUUCGGUUUUAGCCCACAAAAGCACUAAUUUCACCAUUAGAAGGGGCCGCACACACCGACCUUUUCAACGCCAUUGGCGGUCGGCGCGCGUUCGCCCGAUUAGCGCAGUGGCAGAGUGCUCACUCGGCAGUCUGGAGGUGUCGGGUUCGAAACUUUUGACCUUAAAAGAUGUUUUCCUUUUUUAGAACACCAUUUUUCUUCAAUUUAUAUGUUGCCUCUUUGGUUUCAGCCACCAAACAGAGGCGAAAAACGCGUGCGGCGGACUUGCAGGCGAGACUCCGCCCCCUCCGAUCGGGGAGAAAACAGGCCAACUUUGAAGGGGUGUAACUCGGGAUGUACCGAAAAUUUUAGGGAAAAAAAUUGGGAGCGUACUCAUAGAGAGUAGGGGAGCACAUUCCAACAAAACAUUUAUGAAAAUUCAGAGUUUCGUGAAACCCGUUGCGGUACCUAAUCAUAUGCUAAAUUUUCCGUUUUGCAGGUCACUGCGGCUUCUCGUCACGUCGCUCGAAACUGAUAAUAGUGGGAACGCACGCGACGCCGGCGCUCUUCCCGCAACGGAACCAGGAAGGCGAGUACGUUUCGUCGGACAUCGACGCCAUGCUCAACACGGUCCGUCUUCGUUUCGAGACCCACUUCGACAUGGAUCACCGCCUGAUCCUUCUCGACGCCACCAAUCCGUCGUGCAUCGGAAUGAAGACGUUGAAGAUGGAAUUGGCAAAGUGUCGGACGAACAUUUUGGCGGUACGUUGAAAUUGAGCGUACUUCAAUUUUGCGUAGUGGACCCCCACUCGGCGCGAAUGAUUUCAAUGGAGCGCACUUGCAACAGGCGGGCUGUGUCGAUUUACGCCGAUUAAUUAAUUUUCAACGGGAGUUCGCGUGUUCUUUCCAUGUUUUCUGUACAAUACACCUAUUUUUUGUACGCCCGGAACCUGGCGUCGAAUAAUUAGAGCACUAGCUACGUUUUGGUAACAGAAAUCUCGCAUAUCGUUGAGAAUUAGCCGAGUUAUUUCGAUUUGAACGUUUUGGCCUGGAUUUUGAUGUUUUUCGAAUAGUUUUCGCGAAAACUGCUCAAGAAAACUAACAGCCGAAACCUAGAUUUUGUGAAAAAAGAUUCAGCGAGCAUUUUUAUCGUUUGUUGCGCUCAUGAAAUGCAAAAUGAGCUGAAAUAUAAAGGUUUGAAGUUUUGACGAAAUGCGAAAAACAUGAAAAACUCUAAUUUCGUAAAAUAUUGUUUUCUAGACGUUUUUCAAGUCAAAAAGAAAGAAAAGUGCAUUUUUAGACGUGCAAAUUUUCAAAAAAGUUACAACGACACUCCGCAAUUUACGAGCGCACUGUGUUUAGCAUUAGCGCCCCCUGGGAGACCGUAACUAGAACAGUUUCUAAAUCAUUUCAACAUUUCAGAAGCUCCUAAAACCGCUGUCGAUCCUCGAUACGGUAGUUGCGCAUCUGAAUUUGGUGCGCAAGAAACACGCAAACUUUCCGGUGAUCACUUGGCCCGACUUUGUGCAAAUGGUGCGAAACGAGAUCAAUCCGUUGACCGGAGACGCGCAUUGCCGGCAGAUUGUGCAGCAGUUGCAGUUGAUCGGAGAGGUAACGGUCUACUGUCGUUUGAUUAUUACGGUACCUAACCAAUCGAUUUGCAGCUGGUCUAUCUGCGCAACGACCUGGCCGACGCGGACUACGUCGUCCUCAACGCCGAAUGGUUCGGAACGCACAUUCUCGGCCAGCUGCUCAGCGCCGAGUUUCUAUCGAAGGCGAGCCCGAACGGCUCGUACCACACGAGCUCGCUGGCCAACAUCUUUCCCGAAAUCCCCGAGCAAUCGGACCUCAUGAACAUUCUCGAAGUGCUCCAACUGUGCGCGCCCGACGCCUCGACGGGCGCCCACGAAUUUCCAGUGUUCAUUCAGACGGAGGCGCCCGACUCGAUCUGGAGACCGUAUUCGCUGAAGGAAAAGGAGCGCGACACGGUGUACGGAGGCGUGCGGAUUCUGCCGUCGCGCGGAAUGGAGCGCAGUCUGCACAGCACGUUCCCGCGCAUUCAGGUCGCACUGCGGAGGAGCAUCAACGAGUAUCAGGCGGCAAAUGACACGCAACUGGUGCAGUACGCCGAGUGCUCGAAGCUCGUCACCCAGGACCGUGAGGCAGUCGUUCGGAUGGUCGGCGAUGCGGUCGAGAUCCGGGCGAGAGGGCCCGCCGACUCGGCGACCUCGAUGUUCUACUUCAUGGAGGACCUCAUCAACCUCGUCGAGCACACCGCCCAAGAAAUCGGUCCGGGCAUCAGUCUCGAGCGCCACUUUAUCAGUCCGAAACACCUGAAAGAGCAUCGCGAGCAGCCGGCGCUGUUCCCGCCGGAAGCGAUGAUGGAGAUGCAGCAGAGGGAGUCGCUUUCGGUCAAAGGGACGCAGGACGAGGAGGAGCUCUUCACCGACGUCGUCUGCUUCGGAUCUCGCGACGUUGCCCGCCAUCUGACGCUCGGAAUCGACGUGAGCGUCGCCGAUUUGCAAAUGUCGAGCCGAUGCGAACUCGCGUGUUUGUUGGACGCGCCGCAUGCGAUGGGAAGGGACUGGUCGAUUCUGGCGGUCAAGCUUCAGUUGACCGAUCAAGUGCCGGAGGUGAGCACGCGUUUUUCAUUUUGCAGCCAUGCAGUCUGUAGGAAAAUUCCGAAACGGUUACAGGUCGACCAAACGGGCCAAUCCCUAUCGCGAACCGACCAAUUGCUCAACGAGUGGGCGAUCCACCAUCCGGAGCAAGCCAACGUCGGAAACCUGUGCCGGAUCCUUGUGGAACUCGGACGGUGCGACGCCCGCGACGCCCUCUACCGGACGGUGCCGCUCUACGUGUUCGCGCCGCUCGAGGAUCAGUUCCUGCUCGAGACGAACGAUAGCGGAGUGGUGUCCUCGUGCCACAGCUCUGCCUAA